UCAGUAUUUGUGAGAGAUGCUCAGUGUAGUUAUGCCUACGUGAAAAAGGAUGCGAGAAAAUUGUUACACAUUUUUAGCUUUCUGUAAAAAACAGUGAAAAAUAAUAUAAACUUCAUACAUUAUUGAGUUCAACGAAAAUCUGUCGUGAAUACAGUUUAUAAAUCACUUUUUGUGUUUAACUCAAAUUAUUCAGGCUAGACGUAAUCAAUUUUUUCAGCUUUUCAUAGUUGGAGAUAAAUCAUGCAACAUAUAUCCUUUUUGCUGCCAAGAAACCAUCGCGGUAUGAAUUAGGAGCGAAGCAGAGUACAAAAUUUUCUUUCGGAAAAUUGCUUUGCAUGCGUAGUAUAUGCAUGGUGAAAGCAGUAUUUGGAAUACAUCUACCGAUAAAUUAUGAUGGAAGAUCCAUUUUUCGUAGUGAAAGACGAAGUAUUCAAGGCAUUGAAUAAGACACGUGGAUUAUACCUUAGGUGGCGCGAACUUAAUGAUGCUCAAUCUGAUGAUACCAUCGCAGAAGCUGAUUGGACCACCACUGAACUAAAAAAUUCACUGAGGAGUAUUGAAUGGGAUCUCGAAGACCUAGAAGAUACGAUAAGCAUUGUAGAGAAAAAUCCUAACAAAUUCAAAAUCGACAACAAGGAGCUUUCUAGCAGACGACAUUUCAUCGAUGCCACUCGCAAUGAGGUGAAAUCGAUGAAAGAUCGCAUGAGUAUCAAUCGUAACCGUGACCGAGACAUAACUGCGCGACAGCCGCUACUGGACAAUUGCGAUAACGGGUCACCACAGAACCAGACUAACAAAAAUUUCAUCAAUAAUAAUUGCAUAAUUGGCAACGAUAGUAACGGGGCGCAUAUUAGUGGUGGGAUUAGCUGUCAUUUAAACAACAACAAUCUUAACCUAACUGGUACAGGGAAGCACUUAAUUAGUUCUGCUGGAGCAGCAAUGGCGGCAUCACGACAUAGUGGAACUAAGUAUUCCAAAUUAGAAAACAACUUAGAUGACAGCCCGUCACACUAUGCAUCAUCUUCGUCUGCAGUAUUAGACAGCGGAUCGAAUAGGUUUAUCGAAGAUACGUUUGCCACUCAGCAAAGGAUAUUAGCCACACAGGAUGAACAGCUAGAUGUGAUCAGUGAUUCGAUUGGUACGCUGAAAACGGUCUCACGACAAAUCGGAAUCGAAUUAGAUGAACAGGCAGUGAUGCUGGAUGAAUUCGGGAACGAACUUGAACAAACCGAAUCGAAGUUAGAUUCCACAAUGAAGAAAGUGGCCAAAGUACUACAUAUGACAAAUGACCGCCGCCAAUGGAUGGCAAUUGUAGUUCUUUCAAUCACACUGGUAGUUGUAAUAAUAUUUUACAUCAUACUUUAGAUUGGAAAAGCCUCGAAACAAAAGCAAAAAGAUUACAAAGAUGUCAUAAAAAGAUGCAGCUAAAAACAUUUUACACCGCACAUAAAUAGGCAUCAUUAAUGGCUAUACUGCUCUUUGAAGUGUAUAAUUUUAUGUCGUAAUAUUGUGUAGAAAAUGUAUCUAGGAUUUGCGCAAAGGGCUGUGAAACUAACAAAUGUGUACGGUCAUCCGUCUCUGCAGUCGUAAAUUGUGUUUUUCGAAAUUAAAGAAUACCCCCUUGCGUUAUGUAAAUGAAUUUUGCAAGUAUUGUAAAUUGUAGCUGCUAGUUGACAAAUUUCUAGUCAGUAAAUCAACUGAAAAAUAAAGUCGAUUGUAAAUAUAAUUACAAAGUAUGCAAGUUUGUUAUAGGUCGUACACAUAGCAUAGGGAUUCAAAUAUGACGCUCAUAAUAAAAAUCUAUUUUGAUUAUCUGCGAUUAAAGUAGGAUGUAACUUCAUGUAAGCAGUAAUCGAAUUGAAUAUGUUAAAUUAUGUUUCCAUUGAAAAGAGCCGAUUAGAAAAUUAGUGUGGGUUUUAAAAAGGUGUGCACUUUUUUACUAAGUGUUCAAUAUAUCAUUCCAAAUAUUACCCCAUUAAUCUCAGUUAGUCUAUCUUUAUAAGAACAGGAAAAAAUAGAUUAUACUUUCACCAUUUGUAUUUAAUUAAAGAAUAGCAAACGAAUAAAAAAUUAAAAUAACCUCAAAAACCUAAAAUUUAUCCACAUUUUAAAGAAGGUUGAGUGGCAAACGUUAAUAAUGCGACCACGAAGAAAAAGGAAUCACGAAAAAAUGGGAAGAGUAAAUUAGAUAAAAAUUUAGAAUUUACUUCAUUGAACCGUGGGAAUAUAUAUUAUGCAUGCUGUGAAAUUCCUUAAA